AUGGACCCAUGGAAGCUCAUUGAAGAAAGGCUCCACGAGCGGGACGAGCUCGAGAAAAAAGACGGAGCGUACUUUAAGGCAUUCUCACAGCUCGCAAGGCUUCUACCGCAGGGCAAUGCGUCGUUGGCCGAGAAGGAGCGCCAGGUGUUGAUUCUGGAGAACGAAACGCUUAUUGAGAGACUCAACCAGCAGACGCUACGACUCGAGAGUCUGGAGGGGAAAGUGGCACAGCAGGACAAAAAGAUCCGGCUGUUGGAGCUGACAGUGGCGCAAUUGAACCUGAAAAUUGACCAUUUGGUGCUAGAAGUUGCAGAGAAGAACCGGACGGUCGAGAUCAUCAACGACGAGCACUUGGUGCAUGAGAUCCAGCAGAACGUGUUGAAGGAGGAGAUUGAGAAGUUGAAGAAGGAGAAUGAGCUGUUGGUGCAGCGGUGGAUGGCCAAAGUGGCGCAGGAUGCUGAUUCGAUGAACCAAGGCAAUGAGAGGUAA